CACGUCGCAAACAACCUUCUAGUCUCCUAUAGGUCAUAUAUACCUUUCACCUCUUUUGCCUUGCAUCGUUUAUUUGGAGUUUGGACACGCGAGUAGAAAUAUUCACUCCUUCUCCAGUUGAUUUGUAUUUGGUAUAGGACUCCAGCAUCCUCGCAUCGUCACUAGCUAGGGAACCGUUCGCGAAGAUGAAUAUCAUCUACUCAACUGUCAACACCAUCCGGGACAAAUACACACCCGUAAGCCAUACGUCCACCUUCCGAAAGACGGGCCAAAUCACUCCCGAGGAGUUCCUAGCGGCUGGCGACUAUCUUGUCUUCAAGUUUCCAACCUGGUCCUGGGCAGAUGCGGAUUCCGACUCUAAGCGUGUUAGUUACCUCCCACCCGGAAAGCAGUUCUUAGUCACUCGAAACGUUCCUUGUAACCGCCGCCUCGAUGAAGAUUUUGCUGGGGAUGCCGGUCACGAGGAAGCUGUCGUUGGUGAUGGCGAUGAUUUCAAUCUCAAAGGUCGUGCAGACGAUGACGGCUGGUUGCGCACUGGCGGCCUAAGCAGUUCGCAACCGCUCAAGGCUAAGGACGUUCGAACCGUCGAUGACGCGGGGAAUGUGGGGGACAGUAUAGAUGACGAGGAUGAGAUUCCAGAUAUGGAAGACGAUGAUGACGAGGAAGCCAUCAUUCGAGAUACUGAUCCGCAUAAGAAAACAGGGGCCCGCCGCACAUACACCCUCUACAUCAUGUAUUCUCCUUACUACCGAACACCCCGUCUCUACCUAUCCGGUUAUUCUGAAGGACAGCCCCUUGCUCCACAUCUUAUGAUGGAGGAUAUCGUUGGCGACUACAAGGACAAGACGGUCACGUUGGAAGAUUUUCCUUUCUUCGCCAACAACGUCAAGAUGGCUAGCGUACAUCCCUGCAAGCACGCUUCCGUCAUGAAAACCCUUCUAGAUCGCGCGGACGCGGCCCUCAAGAUUAGGCGCGACAAGAUGAAGUCAGGGAAGAUAGUAGGGAAUGACCCUGGUAUGGAAGGCCUCGUAGACGAGAUCAACAAACUAGAUGUCAAAAGUGCCGAAGUCGCUGCCGAGUCAAGCAAUGACGACUGGGAGGAAGUCGACGUCGAGGACCAAGAGGUGGCUAUCCGCGUGGACCAAUACCUCGUUGUAUUCCUCAAGUUCAUGGCUAGCGUAACUCCUGGUAUCGAGCAUGAUUUCACAAUGGGUGUGUAGCUUGUCGACAUUGCAUCAUUUAGCUGAGGUGAAUAGGCUUGUUUGUUAAUUGUUAGUACACUCAUGGCGGCGUUCGGAAUUUGGAUACGGAUUACAACGGCCAGAGCCCAGGGUCUGAUUUUUGUUUAUUACCCUCGAUGAAUAGCACUAUCUCAUUGAUGUACAAGUUCUUACGUCAAGUAUAGCCCUCUCAUGCGGCAUGGGGCGUGACUACGAACAACUUGUGAUGGGACAUCGAUCCAGGCUUGGUUAAUGCCCUCGCCUUGCCUAGUCGACACUAGAUCAGAGCUGACAACUUACGACCCUCUCAUUAUGAACGUAGGUAGUUGACGAACGUACGAUUAGGGCUACGUCAUUCCAUCAAUAAAUAGGUAUAAUUUCAUCCAACCACAUUUCUCUGCCUAUCCAUGUCGAGGAAAUUAUAUAC